AUGGAGAGAAGUAUUUUUCAUAAUAUAAUUGCUCUUUCCUACAAAUAUUAUUCAAAGAUGAGUUCAUCAACUAACUCUGGAGCAGCAUACCCUCCCCCACCUUGUUCUACAGCGCCGGGUCCUUAUCAUGUGCAGGCUCCACCACCUGCUGGUUAUCCAACAAGAGAUGCCCCAAAUCCCCAUGGACAUGGAGCUGUAGAAACAAAGUCAAAAGGUGAUGGCUUCUGGAAGGGAUGUUGUGCUGCCUUGUGCUGCUGUUGCGUUUUGGAUGCAUGUUUUUGAACAUCAUCCAGGAGAUUCUUGAAUUGAGAGCCCAAUAAUCACAUAUAUCUUUCAUUUGUGAAUUCUAUUUCACACAUUUAUUUCUGUUUUUACCUUGUUAUACUUAUAUAAGGAAGGGGCCAUGUCGAUUUCCCCAUGUAGUGAUAUUCCGAUUGUCCAAUUCUUUUAUUGUAUAAUGAUUCUUAUAAUAAAAUUUAUUCAU